AUGGGGUGGUGGGUGUUGGUCGAUGGAUGCGCAGCGUUUGUGCUCGAGGGAUCGAGCAUCCCUAGCAUCGCUAGCAUCCCUCAUCGAGACCCUGCAAGGCAGGAGCAGCACUUUGAGGCCAUCCAAGUCACCACCUUGGCAGCCCCGAACACGAGGCAGGCACGGCCACGGUGUCAACCCACGUCUGCAAAGAACUUUGGCCGCACCACCAACAUCAACAUCACCACCCCCAGACAAGACCCCCCCGCCCUCUCAAGCACUCCGACGGCAAUCUCCAGCAUCCCUGCCCUUCCCACCAGCCCUCGAUCCUACCGUGCCACGCUCGCUAUACCAGGGUCUGCCGCACGCACUUGCUGCACCGUCUUCCGACUCUCCAGGGUCCGCCCUCCCCCCGACUGCUGCAGAUCUCGUGGCUGUGGAUGUGCCUUUCUUCAUCCCAACCUGCUGCUGCCUCAUGGAAAUGACGUCCACGUCCACGCACACGUCCAAGUCUCAAGACUCACACUCCACACUCCCAACCGGCUUCUCCGCAGGGGCGCACAGCUACAGUACGUGUGCAAUCACAUCACCAUCGAGGAUGCUCUGGUCGUGCGAUUGCAUCAAGUCCCUGGGCUAGGGCCUCGAUUGGUCAAUGGCGUACGCAAAACGCCAACCGGAUUAUUCCCGACCAUCUUGCACGUCUCCCACCCUGAUCCAGGCUCUUGGCUGCCCCCGUGCGGUACACUCAGACAGUCAAUGACCAACUUCCCGCGCAUCUUCAGUCUGCGUCCAUUCAACACUGGCACCGGCGUCUGCACAAAGUCAAAUCAUUGA